AUGAAAUUAGUUGUGAUAAUACACCGGGAGGCGUCGAAAAGCCCGAAGAUUCUGCCGUCGCAGCAGCUGGGCGCUGCGGUCGCUCCAUGGCCGGGCGCCACCGGCCUCCUGGCCUCCGUCACGGCUGACGACAUGGCGCACAAGGGGCACAGCGGAGUCAAUCAGCUGGGGGGCGUCUUCGUGGGGGGCAGGCCGCUCCCGGACUCGACCAGGCAGAAGAUCGUCGAGCUGGCCCACUCCGGGGCCCGACCCUGCGACAUCUCCAGGAUACUCCAAGUGAGCAACGGCUGCGUCUCCAAGAUCCUCGGCAGGUACUACGAGACGGGGUCGAUCCGGCCGCGGGCCAUCGGGGGGAGCAAGCCCCGCGUGGCCACGGCCGAGGUCGUCAGCAAGAUCUCCCUCUACAAGAGCGAGUGCCCCUCGAUCUUCGCCUGGGAGAUCCGGGACCGCCUGCUCCAGGAGGGCGUAUGCACCAACGACAAUAUACCCAGCGUGAGUACCAAUCUCUGCGUCGUAUAUCUACGAGUAUGA